AUGGUGGGCGCUGCGCUGGUGCUCGUACUGGGCCUCGUCGCCUCCGCUGUGCUUUUGUCCCUGCAGAAAGACAAGCGAGAUUGGAACAAGGGUCUUCUGUCGUAUCUCCAGUUCGCCUACUCGUGCUUCAUCAAGCCCCAUGAGCGUGACCGUGCAGGUGAGACCGGCCAGCAGCACGCUCUGGAAAGCUUCUACCGCGCUCAGGCUAGUGUGUACGACGCCACUCGUAAGAAACUCCUUUGCGGCCGUGAAGAUAUGUUGGCAUUGUUGGCCUCGCAAUUGAAGUACCGGGAAUCGUGCCAUGAAAUCUCCAAGCCGGUUUGGGUUGAUAUCGGCGGGGGCACUGGCUACAACAUCGAGGCCAUGAACGCCUUCCUCCCCGUCGACAAAUUCUUCUCACAUGUAUACCUAGUCGAUCUAUCUCCGUCCCUGCUUGAAGUCGCUCGCCAGAGAUUCGCGCGUCUAGGCUGGAAGAAUGUGUCGGUCAUUUGUCGCGAUGCGCGCGAAUUUCGUCUGCCGGGUGCAAACGGUGCGAGCAACGGUGGUGCCGAUAUCGUGACCAUGAGCUACAGCUUGUCAAUGAUUCCCGAUUACUACAGCGUCGUUGAUUCGAUGAAAAACCUCGUCAAGAGCGAUGGCAUUCUCGGUGUGGUCGACUUCUACGUUCAAAAUAUCGUCGACGUCUCCUGCCGCAACUAUACUGGCGGUGUGUUCAAUCGACAUGUGAACUGGCUUGGCCGGGCAUUCUGGCGCGCGUGGUUCGACUUUGACCGUGUCAAUCUGGACGCUGCUCGCAGAGACUACUUGGAGUACAAGUUUGGUACAAUCAUUUCCGCUAGUGAGCGCAACUACCUUCUUGGAGGAAUUCCAUACUACAUUUUUUUGGGCUGUCAAAAGGAAAUUACUUCUGGACAGUCCAGCAUUGAAAUGCUCAACGCGACUUGGACUGAAUCUCCCUAUUUGUCUGCCGCCAAGCACCGACAGGCCAUGAGCGAUGCUGUUGAAAACGCAACCCCAGAGAUCAAGUCAAAGGCAUACGAGUCGGCGGUAGUCAACCUCAGCUCUAACCUUCCCUUGCCCUCGGCUUUCUACCAGAACCACCAUUACCGUAUAUACUAUAACGACCAACUGCCCAAACACACCCAGUUCAAGGACGAGUAUAUCUACGCGUUCAACUGGGAAGAUCCUCGUGUGGACCAUCGUCUAUUGAACAUCAACAGUGAGGACGUGAUCUUGACCAUCACAAGUGCUGGCGACAAUAUUUUAGAUUACCUGCAAAACAGCCCCAAGCGCGUUCACGCAGUGGAUAUGAACCCUAACCAGAACCACUUGCUUGAGCUUAAAGUAGCCGCUUUCUCGGCUCUAGACUACGACGACGUGUGGAAGAUCUUUGGAGAGGGCAAGCAUGCCCAGUUCCGUGAAUUGCUGAUUGGCAAAUUGAGCCCGCAUCUUUCAAGCCAGGCUUUCCAGUACUGGCUCGAGCAGACAGAUGUCUUCACUUCGGGAUCCAACAAAGGUCUCUACGAGACGGGUGGAUCUCGCGUGGCCAUUAAAUUGGUGCGAUACCUGUUCACGAUUUUCGGCCUACACAAAGUCAACGACAGGCUGUGUGAGGCUUCAACUUUGAAUGAACAGCGCGAGAUCUGGCCCUCUAUCCGUAAGGUGCUGAUUAGCCGAAUUCUGAACUGGGCUAUUGUCAAGACGGAGUGGUUUGCUUGGAAGGCUGCCGGUGUUCCGCCGCCGCAACGUAACAUGAUCAUCGAUGACUAUCUGAAGCGCGAGGGUCUGAGCGGUGGCGUCAAGAAGAACUCAGAUGUUAGCGGACGUGCGAUUUGGGAGUAUGUGGUGGAUACAUUUGACCCGGUUGCGAAGGAUACGUUGCUUAGCAAUGACAAUUACUUUUAUUAUCUGUGUCUGCAGGGAAAGUUCUCCAAGAAGUGCCAUCCCACAUACUUGACCCCUAAGGCGCAUAAGAAGCUCUCCACGCCUGGCGCUUUUGACGGACUCCGCAUUCACACCGACGGUCUUAACGAAGUCAUUGCACGCAUCACACCGCGUACACUGACAAUUGCAGUGGUAAUGGAUUCUAUGGACUGGUUCAAUCCUGAAGAAGACGCCGCUGCCAAGCAAGCGCAGGCCUUAAACCGCGCCCUGAAAAUGGGAGGUCGCGUCUUGCUGCGUUCUGCCAGUAUUGAUCCGUGGUAUGUCAAGGACUUUGAAGCCAACGGCUUUAGUCCUCGACGGGUUGGGGCACGAUUCCCAGGAAGCUGCAUUGACCGUGUAAACAUGUACGCAUCUGCAUGGGUCAUUACGAAAACUGCCGAAAUCGACGGCGAGACACGCCCAAAACCGGAGCGAUCAAGCAGUGUUGAAGUGGAGGCGUUGACUAUUUAA